AUGAGUUCUCCUCGUGAACAACUUUUAUUCACUUUGUCUGAAGCUGCCUCACAAGAACCAGAACGUAUAAAAGGUGCUGAAACGCAACUUAAACAGUGGGAAGUUGCACCAGAGUUUUAUUCUACUUUAUUGGAUAUAAUUUACGAUAAAUCGAUUCAUUUAAACGUUCGAUUUUUGGGAGUUAUCUUUUUUAAGAAUGGCGUGGAUCGGUAUUGGCGUAAAACUGCAAAAAAUACAAUAAACCCCCAAGAAAAAGCUAAAAUAAGAACAACUCAAAAUGCCGUUUUGGUCUCAAAAAUUGCAAGAUUCGAUUUUCCAAAUGAAUGGCCAGAUUUACUUCGAAAUUUAUUAUCCAUCAUUCAUUCAACUAUUAAUUCCACGGGUGAUUCUCAACAGAUAUUGAUCCAAAAAAGAGCAUUGUUAACUUUACAUUUAGUAGUUAAAGCAUUAUGUUCAAAAACUUUUGGUCCUGAUCGAAAAAUGAUGGAACAGAUUGCACCAGAAUUACUUCGUAAUGUGGCCAAUAUAUACGUAGAGCAUGUAAAUCGAUUUUUCAAUAUUGUUUCUUCUUCAAAUAAUAUCCUUGGCAAUAACAAGGAUUUAGAAACUUCGCUUUCUGCUUUGAAAUGCAUAAGGCGAUUGAUUGUACAUGGCUUUCAUGAUAUAAGUAAAGCGGACGAAGUAAAGUCGUCUUUUCCAUUAUUAUUAGAACAUUUACAAAAAUUUUAUACAUUAAGAAACAACUUACAGGAUGAACCAUCACAAAUAUUUGAACUUGUAAAAUCUCAUAUUAAUCUAAUUGGAAAAUUUUUUAUCGAUCUUCAAAAAUCUCAUCCAAUUUCCUUUGCGUUAAUACCCGAAUCUUUUGAUAUUGUGUUAUAUUAUUGGCAAUUAUUAGUUUUUCAUGCAAAAUCAUAUGAAUCAGAUAUUUUAUCCAGAUCACCAGGUUUAGAGAAAAUAUUGGUUCAAGGUUUAUUACUUUUGAAAGGCAUAAUAAGAAAAUCAUCUUAUAAUCAGGACCUAAGAGAAUCAAAAGAUUCUAGGAUAUCUGAAGCCAUUCAAUCUGUUGAGAAACAUUUAUUAACUCCACCAUUUGUAGAAUCAUGUUGUGAAUUGUUAGUAUCCAAUUUAAUUGUUUUGAGAAAAGGGGAUUUAACUAUGUGGGAAGAUGAUCCGGAAGGUUGGGUUAAUUUUGACGAAAAUGAUCAUUGGGAAUAUCAAUUAAGAGUAGAAAGAGUUUUUAUGGAUCUUUUAUCACAAUAUCGUGACCCAUUAUCAACAAGAAUUUUAAGUAUGCUUGAAACUGUUGCAUCUAUCCAUAUGAAUGAUUUGUUAUUUAAAGACGCAGUGUACUGUGCAAUUGGGCUUGGUGCACACGAAUUGUAUGAUGUGCUUGAUUUUGAUUCAUGGCUUGUAAAUAAUUUGUUAAUUGAAGCAGCAAAUGACGUUCCUAGUUUUAAAAUAAUUCGUCGUCGUAUAGCGUGGUUGAUUGGGCGAUGGGUAUGUGUUAAAUUAUCUAAAGAAAAUCGACCAAAAGUAUAUGAUGUGAUGACGUAUUUAAUGAGACCUGAAGAAGAUUUAGUUGUUAGAAUGACUGCAGCUAUUAAUUUAAAAGAAUAUAUCCUUACUUUUGAAAUUGCUCCAUUUGCCGAAAAGAUUACCAAUUUACUUCCACCAAUGUGGCAAGCUGCUCAUAAUGAACAUUUGUUCAAACCUGCUAUUCUUGUAAUUUUGACAAAACUAGUUGAAGCUUUAUCAGACCAAUCUUCCAAGCUUCAUGAAUUUAUAAUUCCGAUAAUUCAAUACAGUGUCGACCCUAAUACUGAAGAACAUGUUUAUCUUUUAGAAGAUGCAUUAGAUCUUUGGUUGGCAACAUUACAAAAUGUCACAGAGUGCACACAAUCUUUGUUUAGUCUUGUUCCAUUAACAAUCACAUUAUUGGAAUUUGGAUCUGAAACAUUAAAGAAAGUUCUUAGAAUAAUUGAAAGUUAUAUUGUUUUAGUACCUGAUUUAUCAAUUCAGACAUAUGCACAUCCAAUAUUAGAUGCUUUUGCUAGGAUGUUGGGCGAUUUAAAACCUGAGGCCUGUCGCUCUAUUAUUCAUGUAUUAGAUACAAUCUUACAAUGUUGUUCAAUACAGGUUUUAGGUGAAUCAAUAAUUGGUUCGGGUCUAUUAUGGAAAUUAUUAAAUACUAUGCUUUCUGGAAACGAAGAGUAUCCUUAUGUUAUGGUCAGUUAUAUUUCAAUCCUUGCAAGAAUGGUGAUUAAUAACCUUGAAACAUUUUUUCAAUUUAUCAAUGUAGCUGCACAACAAUAUAAUUUAAUUCAAUCAGAUAUAUUAAGUAAAUUAUUAGAAAUUUGGUUGGAUAAGUUUGAUAAUAUUGGGCAUCCAAAACAAAGAAAGUUGAAUGCAAUGGCAUUUGCUGCAUUAAUUGCAACGGAUAACCCAGCGAUAUUAAAAUGUUUACAACAAUUUAUUGGUGUGUGGUGUGAUGUACUAAGUGAAGUUAAAGAGUCUGGCGGUGGAGAUGCAUUGGUCUAUUGGCAAGAAGACUCAGGUGAAGAUGAAGAAUUUACUUUACCUGAAGCAAAAAGGAAAAGAAUAUUAUUACAAAAUGAUCCAAUACAUACAACAAAUCUUAUACAAUUUAUACAUUUGAAAUUAAAGGAAUGUGAAACUAUUAAUGGUGGAGCAGAAAUGUUUAGAAUAAAUUAUCUAAGUAAAGUAGAUGAUGCAUUAUUGGAUCAAUUAAAUAGUUUAAUGAAUUAUUAA